CUUUUAUCUGUAGUUAUACUCGAUAUAUAGUUGAAUGCACUGUGGAACUUUUUUUGAAUUUUUUUCUAUUAUAAGAUGGGCGACGAGUGUGUAAGCUUUUCGUGGACUUACAGACAACUUCUACCAAUGUUACUGAUACUGGGAACGUUCAGUUAUAUGGGGCAGUGUUCACUGAGUCCACCAGCUCUCCUCAGUAAAUCCUACCCUCGAGGGAACCACUGGGCAGUGGGUCAUUUAAUGGGGAGGAAGAGCGUUGAGAUGUUGCCUGAACCUCCGGUAUACGAACAGGACGGAGACGAUCCACUGACCUCCUUGGAACGAAGGGAGAUACCGCUGGAGCAGCCGCAGUACCCCUCCAAACUAGACCGGGACGUGUUCGGGUCAAGUCCCGCCAACCGGAGACUUCAGGGGCCCCACGGCGCCGACAGACGCCAUCUGGAGAGGACGAGAUCGAGGGAAGAGGUUCGGGUGAAACCCCUGAGAGAGAUGCCGGACUUGCUGCUGCUUGGUUUACACCUGAAGAAUGGGGGUUCCACAUGAACCCACUGUUCAAUGCAUUAUAGCUGCACGUGUCAUGUUACACAUAUUAAAUCCUUCAGAGAAUCACAACAAAUCACUCUUAUCAUUUAUCAGUAGCCUUCCAUUUUAUAUUUUGAUUUUUUUUGUCCAGGUUUUCAAUCGCUACAGCAGUAGGCCUACAUUUCCAAUAAGUUAUGCCUAUAUAUUUUUGAACUACGGGUUAGUGAAUAAAAAUAUAUAUUUUUAUUUUCAGUGUACGGUGGAAUGUUUAUUAUGGAAUGUCAUUGUUUUACCCUAUUUAAUUUGCAAUCCUGAAUUGCAGUAUUGGGAAGUUCCCCCUAGUGUGUGACUUUAGGCUCACCCUAUAAAGGCUUAUCUCAAUUCAUGCCCGGCUGUAGUAGCGGGUUCAUAACACUAGAUGGCAACAGAUAUGCGCUUUACAAUUGAGGAUAGAAUAGGACCAAAUUUGAGAGCUCAUUUAAAAAAUCUAAGUCAUAAUAUUGUUGCACACAUUUUAAAAGCAUUAUCUUUGAAUGAAAAGCAAAGGAAAAGAGUGAUGAAUUAACUGCAAUGACAUGCAAUUAUGUAAAUAAUUAAUGAUAAAUGAUAGGCUACUUCUUUACUGAACAAAUUAGCCUUAGGUUUGUUGUUGGAUUUUCGGCCCAUGUAUUAUGUCUGUAUUUAUGUAUUGACUCCAUAUAUUUUCUACUUAAUGCUGAUCAAUCAUUUAUCCUAACUCA